AUGGCCUUGCUACACGCUCACUCGUGGGAGUGUAUGGAAUCGGAGCUCGAACUCUUUACACUACCGCCGACACAAACCACUAUAGAGAGCGCUCAGUGGGUACACUACAAGCCCAUCUCAUCGCUGACCGAUGACUCGCCCAUUGAAUUUGUCGUGCCGGGUAACGGCGAUGAGUACCUCGAUCUAGCCCACACCAUGCUGAGUUUACGCGUACAGCUGUGCUCCAAGGACGCGUCAGCAGCGGCUGCUCUGAGCAAAGCAGCAUACCUCGAUCUAGCACACACUAUGCUGAGUUUACGCGUACAGUUGCGCUCCAAGGAUGCGUCAGCAGCGGACGCUCUGAGCAAAGCAGCCCCUGUUAACAAUCUGCUACACUCGCUGUUCAAUCAGGUGGACGUGUUUCUUAAUCAGAAACUCGUAUCGCCACCUAAUAACGCGUACGCUUACAGGGCCUAUAUAGAGACGCUACUAAAUUAUGGGCCGGCCGCUAAGGGGUCACACCUCUCGAGCGUGCUCUGGUACGAUGAUACGCCCGGUCAUAUGGACGAUACAGCUGGCAAGAAUAUGGGUCUCGCGAAUAGGCAGGCAUUCGUCGGUAAAGACAAGACAGUCGAUCUGAUCGGUCAUGUACACUACGAUGUGUUUAACCAAGAAAAAUUUUUAUUAAAUGGCGUUGAGCUCCGUUUACAGCUCGUACGCACGAGAGACGGCUUCUCCCUCAUGGACCCCAACAACGCGUGUUCUUUACAUAUAACGGAGGCCACGCUCCUCGUUAGACGCGCCAAAAUAAGCCCCGGUAUUCUAAUUGCUCAUUCUAAAAUGUUGUCUAAGACAACGGCAAAGUAUCCGCUUACGCGUGUCGAGGUCAAGACGCUGAAAAUGUACGCCGGUUUGCACGGUGGCACUAUGGACAAC